CCUGUCUCUGUGAGUAAAUAUAAUGUCUCACUGUCCACCUCAGGGAUUAAUUAAGGAAGUAGAAGAAGAGGCUUGUGUUUGUCUGGACCAAUGGGGAACCACGGCUCCAACCUGGACGACAUCCUGGCCGAGGACAUGCACCACUGGUACAACAAGUUCAUGAAGGAGUCUCCCUCGGGCCUCAUCACGCUGUUCGAGCUCAAGGCCAUCCUGAACCUCCGGGGCAUGACCGAGAACGCCAACAGCUACGUGGACCAGGUCUUCUUCACCUUCGACAUGGACGGGGACGGCUACAUUGAUUUCGUGGAGUACAUCGCAGCCAUCAGUCUGCUGCUGAAAGGAGAAAUCAACCAGAAGCUGAAGUGGUAUUUCAAACUCUUCGACCAGGACGGAAACGGGAAGAUCGAUAAAGACGAGCUGGUGUCCAUCUUCGCGGCGAUCCAGGACAUCACACGGAACAGAGAAACAGACCCUGAGGACAUCGUCUCCAUCAUCUUUGAGAGGAUCGAUGUGAAGGGAGAAGGUGAGAUGACCCUGGAGGAGUUCAUCGAGGGAGCCAAAGACCACCAGGACAUCAUGGACAUGCUGAAGAACCUGAUGGACCUGACGCCCGUGCUGGUCAUCAUCGUGGAGGGGCGGAUGCUGUGAGACGGACGGCAGCAGAGUUAUUCCCCCUUCAAAAUAAGAGCAUAGACUUAAGAAGAAGGUCUUUGGAAGAGAAAAGACUAACGGAGAAAAGAGCUCCAAGGGACUCUUCUUGCAAAACAUUUUAAAAAACUUUGUAUUUGUGGCCGGGUUGGCUCAGCGGGUAGAGCAGGCGCACAUAUACUGAAAGGUUUAGUCCUCGACGUAGAGGUCAAGGGUUCGUGUCCGACCUGGGACAAUUUCCUUCAUGUCUUCCCCCCCUCUCUCUCACCCCUUCUCUCACCUAGCUGUCCUAUCCAUUAAAGGCGGAAAAUCCCCAAAAAAAACCUUUUUAUUUAAAUGGCUACGCUCACAUUUUGGGCGUUUUUUUUCUGAUGUUUUCGACAUUUUUUGACGCUUGUUUUGACAUUUUGGGGCGUUGUAUUUCAACGUUUUUGUCAGUUUUUCUGUAAAAUCGCUUUAUUUUGACAUUUUUGAAGCUUCUUUCAACGUUUUCAUAACUUUAACGAACUGAGCAGCUUCUAUAUAACAGGCCUACAAACACACAUAUGUCCCUUUUUAAAAUCACAUGUCCAGGUAACAGAGCUGCCAGAACUUCUGUUAUUCACAGAUGUAUUUCUAGGAGCGUAUUUCAUA